AUGACUGGGACCUUGCAGUCAACGGUGGACACAUUAAGAGGUUGCCUGGCAUCGGAAGCGGCUGACAGACUAUUCUACAAGCUCGUAAAGACAGAAAGCCUCAAGUCCCAGUAUGCCAGUCUAAUCAGACCCGUGAUUAAUGAAUCCGAAACGGUUAUGGUCACCUUUGGCUUAUCGCUGUCUCAGUUAAUUGACAUAGACGAGAAGAACCAGAUCAUGACGACGAGUGUCUGGGUCAGACACAAAUGGGUAGAUCGCUACCUCACGUGGGAUCCAGAAGACUACGAUGGGAUUACGUCACUACACAUACCUUCAUCUCAAAUAUGGAGACCGGAUAUACUUUUAUAUAAUAACGCUGACGGUUACUACGACGUUAAAUUUCUAGUCAACGCCAUCGUCUUUUACAACGGUUCCGUCACAUGGCUUCCACCCGCAAUCUACAAGAGCUCCUGCAAGAUCAACAUCGAGUUUUUCCCUUUCGACGAGCAGCACUGCCUGAUGAAGUUCGGCCCGUGGACCCACGAGAGCAGGAAGGUCGACAUGGUACUCGAGACGAACAUCGUAGACCAGGAGGACUACUCCGAGAAUGGCGAGUGGAGGAUCGUGGAGUCACCCGCCAAGAGGAACGUUAAGGAGUACCCGUGUUGCGACGAGGCGUACGUGGAUGCGACUUUUAAGUUCGUGCUGCACAGGAAGCCCUUGUUCUACGUAGUCACCUUGGUUAUUCCUUGUAUCCUAAUCUCGUUCAUGACGAUCUUAGUCUUCUAUCUUCCAGCAGAUGCCCAGGAGAAGAUCACCUUAUCCAUCUCCAUCCUCCUCGCCUUGAUUGUGUUCCUUCUCCUCAUCCCGUCCAUCAUUCCGCCGACCUCUACCACACUGCCUCUCAUCGGUCGAUACAUGCUCUUCACAAUGGUGCUAGUUACUUUGUCCAUCACGGUCACUGUCGUGGUGAUUAAUAUCCACUUCCGGAGCAGCAGAACUCACGUCAUGCCCGAUUGGGCCCGGACGGUUUUCCUCUACUACCUGCCGAAGAUGCUGAACAUUUCACGGCCUGGUGGUGUGGAGCUCCCGCCCGGAAAGAAUUACAAAGCCAUGAAGAAACAUACAAACUAUACGCCGUCGAACUACGCCCCGCUCCGAGGGAAGUACUUCUACGACCGGAAGUUCAUGAGGUCCGGAGCGAAGUAUAUGGUGAACACAAUCACGCCUUCGUUGCUCGAGGAGAUCCGGUAUCGAGAUCGCCAAUAUUCGGAUUCGACAGAUUCCAUACCAUUAUCGAAGGAAUGUUCCGAACUAAUCGAUCAUGUGGAAACAAUUGCAAAACAUUUCCAAAUGGAGGAUGAACAUUACAAAGUCACUGAAGACUGGAAGUUCAUUGCCAUGGUAAUCGAUCGCGUCUUUAUCUGGGUGUUUGCCAUUGCGUGUCUGUGCGGGUCUCUGGGCAUCAUCCUACGGUCCCCGGUCUUCUGGGAAGGAGAUGACUACCACGAGAUGGCCAAUUUCACCAGACGCAUAACGGUCAACACAACGCUGUAUGGACGGCCGUCCACCUGAUGCAUCGUCCCCAUGGACGGCCGCCCAUCUGAUGUCUCGACCCCUUGUAUGGACGGCCACUCAUCUGAUGCAUCGUUUCAAUGUAUGGACGGCCGCCCAUCUGAUGCAUCGUUCCCUAUAAAUGGAUGGCCGCCCAUCUGAUGCAUCGUCCCCAUGUAUGGACGGCCGCCCAUCUGAUGCAUCGUUCCCUAUAAAUGAAUGGCCGCCCAUCUGAUGCAUCGUCCCCAUGUAUGGACGGCCGCCCAUCUGAUGCAUCGUUUCAAUGUAUGACGGCCGCCCAUCUGAUGUAUCGUCCCCAUGUAUGGACAACAGCCCAGUUGAUGCAUCCCCAUGUAUGGACGGCCGCCCAUCUGAUGCAUCGUUCCCCAUAAAUGGAUGGCCGCCCAUCUGAUGCAUCGUCCCAAUGAUGGACGGCCGCGCCCAUCUGAUGCAUCGUCCCAAUGAUGGACGGCCGCGCCCAUCUGAUGCAUCGUGCCCAUGAACGAACGCUCCCUCAUCGGUGACAGACAUCGGUCGCCAUUUUGUAUGGCUGGCCCACGAAAAGUCAACACUGUUUGGCAACAAACAGUAAUGCGUCCAUGUGACACUUUAAAGUUUAAGCAAUUAUUUCGUACUUUUUUUAUUUCGUCCAAUUAUACAUUUUGGUCUGUCUAUGAUAAUGUUUGGGAAAGUGGGAGUGAUGGAGUUUGGAAUUCCGUUCAGUGUAGUAGCUUUAACGACAGUCAUUAAAGACGGCUUUUGAUUCUUGAAAGCAUCGGUCUUGUUUGUCAUUAAUCCGGGACUUUUCUGUGGUCAAAUCCGGGUCAGAUUGACCCUUCACAAUUGUACAGACCCUGCAUAUGAAUUGCGGAUCGAGAAAAAAAAUAAAAAUAAACCGGAUCAGGUCAGUUCCGGUGUACAAACACAAUGCAAGAUCCUCAAGAAGUAUUUGACCCGGAACAAACUGUCAGUUUAAUACCACUGACUCAAAAACAAUAACCGGACCGGGUCACCGGGCCAGGUCAGUUCCGGUAUACAAACACAAUGCAAGAUCCCGUCAGUUCAAGGAGUAUUUGACCCGGAACAAACUAUCAGUUUAAUAUCACUGAUUCGUGUAAAAUCAAGGUCAAAACCAGACCAGAUUCCGAGAUUGGAAAUGGUGUUAGAAAUUCUAACCGCCCCGCCCCAUGACAUUGCAUUUCCAGAUAAUUAAGCGAGCCUCCCAGAACAGUUCGGUAGUAAUUCCGAUAAUCAAUAAACCGCCAACGAAACAUUGUGUCGUCGCCCCCCCCCCCCCCCAACAUGUUACAGUGCACGUAAAACCAUUUCAAACAAACCAAUUGCUAUGGUUUCAGGGGUUGUAUUGGUGAAAAGAAAGGUUUUCCAUUUAACAACAAAGACAAGUCAAUUAUGAUCAAACUCUUUGAGACUGUAAUUUCCUUUUUAAAGUUUAGAACUCCUGAGAAAAGAAUCUGUGCUGAACUGUGGAAGGUCUCCAGUGUACAUCAGUCACUGACUAGAAACAUACAUUCUGACUAGAAAUUUGUCAAAGAAAAUCCAACAGUACAUUGUUCCAUUAGAAGCGGGAUACGUACUGUACAUUAUAAUAACCUUACAUUAUAAAAACUCAUGGUCAGAGUUACCCCGGGUUCCGAAAACCGGACCCAUUUUUGGUCACAAUGACCCGGAACCAGUCAAACUGACCCCAAAACUGUAUCAAAACUGGCACAAAAUUCGAGAUAAAACGUUCACAUUCUGAACCUCCUUCUAGUUCAGAAUUAACCCGUUUUUAAGGAACCUGACCCAUUCCUGGAUCACCAUGAAUUAGUCAAAUUUACCCAAAUCUGCUUCAAACUCGCGCAAAAUUCGAGUUUAAAAAGUCCUCAUUCCUAGCCAGUUUCAAGGUCAGCAUUAACACGGGUUCCGGAAACCUGACCCACUUCGGGUCACAAAGAACCGGAACCAGUCAAACUGACCUGAAACUGUAUUACAUUGGCGCAAAAUUUGAGUUUAAAAAGUCCACAUUCUUAACCAGUUUCCGGGUCAGACUGACCCAGAUAUAGGAUCAGACCUCUCCUGGACGUGGAAUCCGGGUGAAUUCCGACCCGAGAGUUUAAAACGAGUAUACCUUUCAUUAAUUUAUUAACUCACUGUACAAACUCACAUAGAUCUUCCAAUUUUGAAAACUUUAUACGACAGUUUGAUUAAUGUUUUGAUCCUCUCUUUUUUCCCACAGGCGAAGAUAUUAAUUAAGAAAAAUAUUAAUUAAAAUGCAUGCUUUCUUUUUUUAAAACUCAAUACAAUAAAUACAAGAUCGGGUACUUUGGGAUUCUUGAGAGGCUUAAUCAAACAAAAUGCAUUGGAUCGGUGGAUUUCAUUAUAGACAAAUCCUAACGCAUUAGAUAUUUUUGUUUAGUUGAAGACUUUAAUGUCUUCUUUUAAUACCGUGGUUUUCCGCUGGCUCGGUCCGUAGCUUGUCUCUAGUUACUAAUUGCACGUCUGUCUUCCAAUGGGAAUCACUGUACAGUUUACAAUCAAUUUGAAUGUACAAGGUUGUACUUUAACUUGACUCUUCACUUUGAGCGAGGACUUCGGCCGGAACUGAUCCCAUUCUUUCUCCUUAUUGUUUUUUUUCCAAACAAACUCACACAGGCAAAAACAAUUAAAGGCAACCUUACGGGGUUUUGUUUCUCAUUGAUUAUUUGAACCCCAUCCACACGACAGAUGUACCUUUAAGUCACACCUACUAACGGUACUCUUCAUCUCCAGCCGAUCAAACCAUAGUACUUAAAUGGUUCUUUAUAAUACUUGCUAAAAUUACACGUGUGUUACCAACCUUCAACUCAAUUUCAUUUCAAUCAACGUUUAUUUCCAUAUUGGUGAAAAAGGGAAAAUCAUAUACAAAUAAAGUACAAAUUGUUACGUUACUUCUUUCUUCAGCAUGUUUGAGCCACACCAUAAAAUAAUGUAAUAAAAAAUAUAGAUACGAACAGCCGAACAAAGUUACCUUAACAAGUCAUUAAAAAAAUAUACUCAGUUUAGGGUAGCUAGGAAAGGCCAUGCUAAAAACAAAAAAAAGCCUCCUGCUUAAAUUGAAUGCUAGACUCGAAGUGUUGUUCAAAAUUAUAUCAACCUCUUUAAUACAUGGAAAUUUGCAUCGGGGAUAAAGAAUAUUAAGUUUGAUUUUACCCAUAUACACCGA